GGUAAAAUCGAUGACCAGCAAGAAGUGAGCCCAACGCAGUGUAAUUUCUUAGUUGGAUUUACUGCUGGUUUGUCAGUUUGUCCAAUUGAAUGUUUCUUGCUUGAUUCCGUUUUCAUUGUAAGUCUCGUAUUUAACAAGUUAUUGCUUCAUUAGUAGCAGCAUGAUAAAUCCGCUGAAUUGAUCUAUUCAGAUAAUAAAGAUGGACGAGGUCACACAAGCCGUUGAAAACCUGAAAAGUGAAUGGAGCCAAGCAGUUGCACAGCUUGAGGUGUGCAUUGCUGCAAUUGAAUUCUGUGGGAAGAUGGGGAAAGGGACAGAAGAAGCAAUGUCUCUUCCUAGGUUGAACGGUUCUGCACAGGAUGCACUGCAAUUGCUGAAUGCACUGCAAUGCAGGCUUGAUCUUCUGGCAGAGCAGCUACCCACUUUUGAAGAAGUUCAGUCUGGACAGGCAACCUUAGGAUCAUGGAAGGAACAGUAUCAGCGGCUGCGUGCGACCCUGAGGAGUGCUAACUUACAAGCAAAAGUGAACAUUGGAAAAGCUGCUCAAGAAGAGAGGGAGCUUCUUCUGGGAGGUGGAGAAGAGUCCACUAUUCGGAGGCGUAAUCUCCAGACAAAGGCUGGGAUGACAUCCGCUGCAGAAAGUAUUACUGAGAGCCUCCGUAGGUCUCGGCAGUUGAUGGUUCAGGAAGUGGAAAGAAGUGCUAAUACCUUGUCAACUUUUGAUGAAUCGACAAGUGUUCUCCGAAAGGCUGAAGGUGAGUAUCAAGGGCGCCGCUCUUUGCUGAUGCGCACCCGUGGUAUGCUCUCCACGAUGCAACUACAAGAUGUUCUCGAUAGGAUCAUCCUGACCAUUGGGUUCCUCGUGUUCUCCUUGGCGGUUCUCUAUGUUGUCUCAAGACGUAUUGGCCUGUUGACACUGCAAAGGAAGCUGGCUGAUGCUAUCAGAUCAGGCUCAGUAUCAGCUGGAGACAUCUUGGCUAAAGUGCAGGAGGGACCUGCCCCAACAAAUGCUCCUUAUGAUGAACUGUGAUUUUACUUCCAUCCAUUGUUUAUACAUGAGCUUACAUCCAGAGGCAAGCUUACCUUUAAGAGUUCUUAUUUCUUAUUAG